CAUCUGUCAAUCGCAUUGCGGAUAACCUCAAAAAUUGUUUACAGUUUAUUGUAUUCAUGAAAUAGGAUUUACUGAAAAUGAAGCUACCCAUAAGUCAGUUAUCAAAAUUCAUACGGCAAAGUAACAAGAAGGCAUUUUUGUCUAUAAGAUGUUUGAGUACUCAAGAAGCUACAGAACGUCGGCACCAUCUCUUCACUUUAGAAAAGAAGCGGCAAUUAGAACUGGUCGGUAGAAUAGAAAAGAUUGAAGUAAAAUACAAGGGUGUACCUCAAGAAUGCACAUUGGUUAUGAAUAAAGACAUUUCUACACCAUACGAUUGUGCGAAACAUCUCGGAGAAUGGCAUAUGGAGAGCAGUGCUUUAGCCUUAUUGGAUAGUUCUGUACAUUGGGACAUGCAUAGACAACUAUCAGAGAGUUGCACACUGGAGUUCCAGACAUUUAACAUAGCGGAGCCUCAACAAGUUAACAAAGCAUUUUGGCGUACUUGUUCUUUGGUGCUGGGAGCCUGUGCAUCUGUUGCCUUUAAGGAUAAUGUUACAGUCAAAUUGCACAGCUUUCCAGGUCCUGAUAUUCGCAGUGGAUCAUUUAUCUACGAUGUAGAUUUACCUACAUUACCCGAUUGGCAACCCACACAACAAGAAUUGCAUACAUUAAGUGCGGAGUACAUCAAACUGACGAGAAGAAAUGAUUUGAUAGAAAGACUAGAAGUUGGAGAAGCGCUAGCGUUAGAAAUGUUUGUGGAAAAUGAACAUAAAACUAAACAGAUACCGGAUAUAGCUAAGGCUAAUGGUAAAGUGACACUAUACAGGGUGGGCAAUCAUGUCGAUAUAUCUAAAGGACCACUAAUAAGCAGCACGGGACAAAUUGGCAAAGUCACUGUCUCUUCGGUACACAAACUAUUGGGGUCAUCGGAGAGUGAAGUAAAGCAGUUGUAUCGUUUCCAAGGCGUGGCGUUGCCGACUGGCGCCAUAUUGAAUCAUUUUGCCUUCUCUAUAUUAACAGAUCGCGCUAAGAAAUUGAAUUCAGCAAGAUCACCGAUCGAUCCAUUUGGUGAAGGUAGAGAGUUAACUCCACAGAGCAUGAAAGCACAAGCUUAAACCAGUAAAGUCAAAUGCAUAGGCUCUCACAUCUCGCUCACUCACAUCGAUUAUUAAUAAGACUAUCUCUUUCAUACAAGAAAUCAAGAUUUUGGAUCAUUAUUUUUUAGCGCCUUUUUAUUUUGACGUAAAAUUUAGAAACUAUUAAAUUGUCGAAUAACUUAAAUAUAAACACUUUAUGUUAAAAAGCCUAUGCAUUACCAAAAAAUCUAGUAUUUUGUUUAGGAUUUUAGAUCUAGGUUUAUAUAAAUAAAGCAAUAAGAUUUCA